CCAUUUUGUGAAAAACCUUACUUAUCUGUGUGUUUGUUCAUGUCUGGUUAUAGUAAUUCCACUAACAAUGAGCGAAGUGAUGGACAAGCUGGUAUACCCUCUGCCUACAGAGGAGUCCGGAAGAGAAAAUGGGGAAAAUGGGUGUCUGAAAUCCGUGAACCAGGGACCAAGAACCGUAUCUGGCUAGGAAGUUUCGAGACCCCUGAAAUGGCUGCAACCGCCUAUGACGUGGCAGCAUUCCAUUUCAGGGGACGAGAGGCUCGUCUCAACUUCCCUGAGCUCGUCAGCAGCCUGCCACGUCCUGUAGACUCUAGCUCAGACAGCAUUCGCAUGGCAGCUCAUGAAGCAGCACUCUGCCUCAGAACCGAACCAGUAGAGUCAGCUAUGCAAGUGGACACAACAAGCUCAUUAAAUGAAGGUCCAACGAUGGUCAGACUCUCCCCCGGAGAAAUCCAAGCGAUCAACGAGUCAACUCUUGGAUCUCCUACCAUGCUGAUGCAUUCAACAUAUGAUUCAAUGGGGUUUGCCAAUGAUGUGGGGAUGAAUGUUUGGGAUACAUACCAGAUGGACUACUCUCUUUGGGACCUUUAAUCCCAAUCUCAUGAAGAGUUUCUACAUCUUAACAAUACUAGGUCAAUACCAGGUUAAGUCAUAAUGGCCUAAAAUGCUUAAUUAUUAGGGUUAGUUUCCAGAGUCUAGCACAAGGGUUGCUGAUUCUGACGUUAUAGCAAGGAAUAAACCUCAUCUGAGUUUUGGAGGGAAGGGGCACACUUGUAUUCUUCUAAAGGAACAGAAGAGCUUGAUGGGUCCCAGGCAUGAUCUCUCCACCAAUAUUUUGAAAUUUAUUUGUGACUAGUAUAGAUACACAUAGCUUCUAUUUCAUAAGCUGUGAUAGAGAUUGUGAGGUUUGACUUAUUUUUUAUUA